AUCUGCCUCGAAGAGCGUCAUUGGAAACCAUCUCCUGAAGAAUCAAGUUUUUACUGAUGAUACAACAGAAUGUCAGCGCGAGGAAGGCACAUCCCAUACUGUUAUCUACACCCCAGAUAUUGAAGAAAACCAUCAUCCAAACCAGAUAAUUAUUGAUUGUAUGGCACUUUCAUACCCAGGCCCUCAUGCGUUCCUGCUUGUAAUUGAGGAAGGACAGGUAAUACAAGAUGAGGUUGAAAAGCAAGUUAAAUGGUUAGUGAAAACCAUUGAUAGAUCAAUCAACAAUAACUUAACACUUGUGUUACCAAGCAGUCACAACCCCAAAGUGAUAGACAUGCCCAAAUUAAAAAUCUGCACAGCUAAUGAUCUGGACAAACACUUGGCAGACUUAAAAAGUCCAGUUAAGUAUAGCUACGACAGGUACUCUGAGGACAUUGUGGAACACAGAAGCAAAACUUUGAGGGGUAAAAGAAAGGCUCUGGAUGACAGUUCCAGAAAGAAUCACAAACUUGCAGACAGAGGGUUAGAAGAUGGCGCUUCCAGAUCUAACAAUCACACUGAAAUAUAUGGUGGAAGUCCCCGCAAUUCAAGCAAUACGUUGGACAUCGUGCUCCUGGGACAGACAGGAUCUGGAAAGAGUGCUAGUGGAAACACAAUCCUUGGAACCAAAUGUUUUGCAUCAUGUGCAAGCGCUUCACCAGUUACUAGAGACUGUCAGGUCACAGAGAGUCAUAUGUGUGGGAGGCAAGUGAGGGUCAUUGAUACCCCUGACUUCUUUGAUGAAGCUAUUGACCUUUCAGUUAGAAAUGAACAGAUUGAGAAAUGCAGACAACUCUGUCAGUCUGGUUCUUGCGUGUACUUAUUGGCCAUUCAGGUUGGCCGAUUCACAGAUGGUGAACGAGAUAUAUUACAUAAAUUACAAAAUGUUUUUGGCUAUGACAUCAUUGAGAAAAUGAUUGUCCUCUUCACUCGUGGAGAGGAUCUAAAGGACAGCAUAGAAGAAUUCCUCACAGCUGCAGAAUUCCAUCUCAAAGAUAUGGUUCAGCACUGUGCGGGCACAUACCAUGUGUUCAGAAACAAAGACCACAAUGAACAGCAGGUUAAAGAGCUGAUGGAGAAGAUCAGAUGCAUUUCUGGGCCAUGAGGGGGGGGGGGGGGAAACAAUCCAUAUUGCAAAAGUUGUUUUUGUUCAUGUUGUCAAAGAUUAAUUAAGUGUCCCCAAUUAUUAUUUUAGGGCACAUGAUUAGUGUGAGCAAUAGCUCUAAAAUGUAAUUGAUAAUAAAUGUGAUGUCUUCAACUUUAGCUAUUGAACGUUUGAGUGCAUUUGUUCUAUAUUUAGUUUUGCAGUACAUUGCCACUGCUGAUAUUUAGAUGCAUGCUUAGUAUAAUUAUUUUUUAGUUCUAAAUGUUGACUUUAAUUGCAUGUUUAAAACAUAAUCAGAAACUUUGUUUUUGGUGGAAGAUAAUAUUGUGCAAUUCAUGUUUAAUUAAUUUAACCAAUUUGUCACAAGAAGAAGCUCAAUUUCUUAUAGAAGGAAAUUAAAAUGAAAUUGUAAAUCAAGUGUUCAUGUCAGUACAAAGUGAAACUGUCUGGAAAUCACUGCCCAGAAGUGUGUGAAGGAAACAUGCAAAUAAUAUUUCACUUAAUCAUACUAAUAAAGUGUUUUAUUGCAAUAUUU